AUGCCUAAAAAUGAUGAUCGAACAGCUGCAAAUGCUAUUAAUGGUUCAAGAGGGCAGGAAAGCUGCACAAUUUUAAUGUCUCCCCCAAACCAGACCCCAAAACCUACCCACCCGCCGCCACCGCCGCCGCCGCCGUCAAUGGCGAAGCGCCCGCGCCGGUCCUACUCCCUGGAGUCCCGCGUACGCCGAAUCAUCCUAUCAGAUGCCGGCCUCGCCAUCCCCGGCUCCUCUGCCGACGACGUCGCCCGCGCCAUUCGCUCCCGCCACCGCGAGUACCAACGCUACAAGCUUGAGUUAUUCGCCUCCGUCGUCCGCCGUGCCAUCUCCUCCCUACCUCCUCCCGGCGAUUCCUGCUCCGACGACAGCGCCCCCAGCUCCUCCCGCCGCCGCAGCAGCCAUGACGCCACAUCGUCCUCCACCACCACCCAUUCGCAAGCGCCGCCUUCCCCCGCAUAUGACGUCACGAAAUCGCUGCUGCGCUCCUGCUACUCCUCCCAAACAUCCAAACGAGACCCCGACGCUGACCAGCAGCUCGAGAUGGAGCUCGCCGUGGAGAAGGCUCUCAUGCGGCCUGAUGCUCAAGGAGGCCACGGUGGGCAAAAAAGGGUAAUGUUUGCUGACCUCGGGGGCAUGGAGUCGGUGAUAGAGCUACUGAUGCUGGAGGUGGUGGUCCCGCUGUGCCAUCCGGAGCUGCCGCUGCACCUUGGAGUGCGGCCCGUGUCCGGGAUUCUGCUGCACGGACCGCCAGGCUGUGGGAAGACCACGCUUGCCCAAGCAAUUGCCGACGAGACCGGCGUGCCGUUCUACCCAACCUCGGCGACCGAAUUAGUGUCUGGUGUCUCCGGAGGUUCUGAGGAGAACAUCAGAACCCUGUUUAACAAGGCAUACAGGACUGCUCCCUCAAUUGUAUUUAUAGACGAGAUAGAUGCGAUUGCGUCGAAGCGGGAUGAUAUGCAGCGAGGAAUGGAACGACGGGUGGUUACACAGUUGAUGACAUGCAUGGAUGAAUUCCACCAGAACAUUCCAUCUGAUGCCGAUGACAUGGAGGAUGAUUCACAAUCAUACGAGAAGAAGCCUGGCUAUGUUAUUGUUAUUGGAGCUACAAACAGACCUGAUGCUGUCGACCAAGCGCUUCGAAGACCAGGAAGGUUUGAUCGGGAAAUAUAUCUUGGUGUUCCCGAUGAGAAUGCCCGGAAACUGAUACUGGAGAGGCUCACCCGGAAACUUCGAUUGCCCCCGAAAGGCCAGUUUGAUUUGUUGAAGAUAGCAAAGGCCACGCCAGGAUUCGUUGGUGCAGACUUGAAGGCGUUGGUUGAUACAGCAGGGAGUGUAGCUAUAAAAAGAUUUUUUAAUGCUAGAAAAGACAAGUUUCUCAAGGAAGGAAACAACCUGGACUACUUGAAGCAUCCUUUGGAUAAACACGAGGUGCAGCGCCUAAGUAUUAUUAUGGAUGACUUUGGGGAAGCCAUUAAAGAUAUAGUUCAACCAUCAUUGAGAAGAGAAGGAUUUUCUUCUGUGCCUGAUGUCACAUGGGCUUGUGUCGGAGGUCUUGAUUCAUUAAAGAAGGAAUUGAACCGCUCCAUCGUUCGAUGUAUCAAGUACCCUGAAUAUUAUAAGAAAUUUGGAGUAAACAUGCAAGCUGGUGUGUUGCUGUUUGGACCUCCGGGCUGUGGGAAAACACUAAUAGCAAAAGCAGUUGCACACGACGCAGGGGCUAAUUUUAUUCAUAUUAAGGGUCCUGAAGGAUUGAACAAGUAUGUUGGGGAGAGUGAAGCAUAUAUAAGGAGGACAUUCGCCCGUGCACGACUCAACUCCCCGUGCAUUUUAUUUUUUGACGAGAUAGAUGCUUUGACAACAAAAAGAGGUAUGGAGGGAGCAUGGGUUGUUGAACGUCUCCUAAACCAGUUACUUAUUGAACUUGAUGGUGCUGAUCAGCGUGAAGGUGUUUAUGUUAUUGGAGCUACAAAUAGAAUUGAUGUGAUAGAUGAUGCUCUUCUACGGCCUGGUAGAUUGGGGCAGAAGUAUUUUGUACCUUUGCUCAGUGCUAAUGAGCGGCAUUCGAUAUUAAAAGCCCUAAUAUGUUCUCAGAGAAAACCUGUAUCCUGCACUGUUGAUUUGGAUGCAUUUGCACGUCGUGAGGAGUGCAACAAUCUCUCUGGCGCUGACCUAGCAUUGCUGGUGGACGAAGCAGCCAAGGAAGCUUUGGAUGAGAGUUUGGAACUCCUGGAGAAUGGGGCAUUAUCAAUAAGUUCACUGUGUUCAGUUGCUUCGAUUGAAUUAUCGCACUUUGAGCAAGCUCUGUCUAAAAUAAAGCCGUCGGUGUCAGAACAGCAAAGGAAGCACUACGAGGCCUUGUCACAGAAAUACUCGGCAAUGUAA